UCAACAUAGAUGACCACGUCGACGACACCAGCAGCGAAACCACACGACACCGACCAGUUUUUCUUUUGACACGAAAUUAAUCUUUCUUCACAAAGUUAACUUACUAUUGCGUUUAUUCUGACAACGGGUUAUUGUUGUGUAAAUCUUAAAGUGUUAAUAACGGUCAUCGACUCAUUCCAACGAGAGUCUACACAUCUUGCUCAGUACAACACUAUAGACGCUCACUCGACACAUUGCGAAUCGUACGAAUAUCAGGCGUACCUCUUGGGAUAUUUACACAACUGUGCUGUAACUACGUGACAAUAAAAAUGAAAGCAAUAUAUUCUGUUGUUUUUUACAUAUCGUUAACAAUUGCAUUAUGUUCAACCAAUGUUUCCACGUUCUGUGGAAACGAUGAACAGAUCGAAGAUUUACAAACGGCGUUAUUGACACAGGAAUCUAUUUAUACGGUAAUGACAACACUGAGCGCAAUACCUGUAACCGGUGCGGCGUUAACGUUGAUGCAAGUGAUGUUAUCUGGCCAGUUUGCUUUACAUUUGAAUGAUGUAUUUGAAGAAAUGGACAGUUCAUUGAAUAAGGAUCAUAUAGACUACGGACAGUGUUCAGCAAUCUUGGAAGAAAUCGUCACAGCAUCCACAAUCAUCAAGUCAACUAGUUCUGGGUUCUCUCUCGUGUCAUUGAUACCGGGUUUAGGUUUAGCACUUUUACCUCCGAGGUUAGGUGGAUCGAUAACUGCUAUGUUACUUAUAAAAGAAAGAUUAGCAUUUUGGCAAAAGACCGGUUGCCAAUAUGCUACAACAAGAGAUUGUAAUUUAUAG